UCCCUCCGGCCUGUGCGGCUGGUCCGGCGGCGGCGCCGGCGCGGGGACAGGCGGAGGCGCGGGACGUGGGGCGGCGCCGCGGGCAGGGACGAGCGGACGGGCGCUGGCAGCCAGGGCAGCGCCGCGGGCCCCUCGGAGUGGCCGCAGUCCGGGCCUCGGCCCUCCCAUCCUGCUCGGCCGCGGUUGGUAUAAGUGGCAGGAGCCACCGUGGGCACCAUGGCAAAGAGGGAGGACAGCCCAGGCCCAGAGGUCCCGCCAAUGGACAAGCAGUUCCUCGUGUGCAGCAUCUGCCUGGAUCGGUACCGGUGCCCCAAGGUCCUACCUUGCCUACAUACCUUCUGUGAGAGAUGCCUCCAGAACUAUAUCCCUGCCCAGAGCCUGACGCUGUCCUGUCCCGUGUGUCGGCAGACCUCCAUCCUCCCUGAGCAGGGCGUCUCGGCGCUGCAGAACAACUUCUUUAUCAGCAGCCUCAUGGAGGCCAUGCAGCAGGCACCUGAUGGGGCUCACGACCCCGAGGACCCCCAUCCCCUCAGCGCGGUGGCUGGCCGCCCCCUCUCCUGCCCCAACCAUGAAGGCAAGACGAUGGAGUUCUACUGUGAGGCCUGCGAGACGGCCAUGUGUGGGGAGUGUCGCGCGGGGGAGCACCGGGAGCACGGCACGGUGCUGCUGCGGGACGUGGUGGAGCAGCACAAGUCAGCCCUACAGCGGCAGCUCGAGGCCGUGCGAGGCCGACUGCCGCAGCUGUCGGCCGCCAUCGCCUUGGUGGGGGGCAUCAGCCAGCAGCUGCAGGAGCGCAAGGCAGAGGCCUUGGCCCAGAUCAGCGCCGCCUUCGAGGACCUGGAACAAGCACUGCAGCAGCGCAAGCAGGCCCUGGUCAGCGACCUGGAGGCCAUCUGUGGGGCCAAGCAGAAGGUUUUGCAGACCCAGCUCGACACCCUGCGCCAGGGACAGGAGCACAUCGGCAGCAGCUGCAGCUUCGCGGAGCAGGCGCUGCGCCUGGGCUCGGCCCCGGAGGUGCUGCUGGUGCGCAAGCACAUGCGCGAGCGGCUGGCGGCGCUGGCGGCGCAGGCCUUCCCCGAGCGGCCCCACGAGAACGCGCAGCUGGAACUGGUCCUCGAGGUGGACGGGCUGCGGCGCUCGGUGCUCAACCUGGGCGCCCUGCUCACGACGAGCGCCACGGCGCACGAGACGGUGGCCACGGGCGAGGGCCUGCGCCAGGCGCUCGUGGGCCAGCCCGCUUCGCUCACCGUCACGACCAAAGACAAGGACGGGCGGCUGGUGCGCACGGGCAGCGCGGAGCUGCGAGCCGAGAUCACCGGCCCCGACGGCGCGCGCCUGCCCGUGCCCGUGGUGGACCACAAGAACGGCACGUACGAGCUGGUGUACACGGCGCGCGCCGAGGGCGAGCUGCUCCUCUCCGUGCUGCUCUACGGGCAGCCGGUGCGCGGCAGCCCCUUCCGCGUGCGUGCCCUGCGUCCCGGGGACCUGCCACCCUCCCCAGAUGACGUCAAGCGCCGGGUCAAGUCCCCGGGGGGCCCCGGCAGCCACGUGCGGCAGAAGGCCGUGCGCAGGCCCAGCUCCAUGUACAGCACAGGCGGCAAACGCAAGGACAACCCUAUUGAGGAUGAGCUCGUGUUCCGCGUUGGCAGUCGUGGCAGGGAGAAGGGUGAAUUCACCAAUCUACAGGGUGUGUCCGCGGCUAGCAGCGGCCGCAUAGUCGUAGCCGACAGCAACAACCAAUGUAUCCAGGUCUUCUCCAAUGAAGGCCAGUUCAAGUUCCGCUUCGGGGUCCGUGGCCGCUCUCCCGGGCAGCUGCAGCGUCCCACGGGUGUGGCAGUGGACACCAAUGGAGACAUUAUUGUGGCUGACUAUGACAACCGUUGGGUCAGCAUCUUUUCACCAGAGGGCAAGUUCAAGACCAAGAUUGGAGCUGGCCGCCUCAUGGGCCCCAAGGGAGUGGCCGUAGACCGCAAUGGACAUAUCAUUGUGGUUGACAACAAAUCUUGCUGUGUCUUCACCUUCCAGCCCAAUGGCAAGCUGGUUGGCCGUUUUGGGGGCCGGGGAGCCACUGACCGCCAUUUUGCAGGGCCCCAUUUUGUGGCUGUGAACAACAAGAAUGAGAUUGUAGUGACGGAUUUCCAUAACCAUUCAGUGAAGGUGUACAGUGCCGACGGAGAGUUCCUCUUCAAGUUUGGCUCCCACGGCGAGGGCAAUGGGCAGUUCAAUGCCCCCACUGGAGUAGCUGUGGAUUCCAAUGGAAACAUCAUCGUGGCUGACUGGGGCAACAGCCGCAUCCAGGUAUUUGACAGCUCUGGCUCCUUCCUGUCAUAUAUCAACACGUCUGCAGAGCCACUGUAUGGCCCACAGGGCUUGGCACUGACCUCAGAUGGCCACGUGGUGGUGGCUGAUGCUGGGAAUCACUGUUUUAAAGCCUAUCGCUACCUCCAGUAGCUGCACAGGGGCCCUGCCUGGCUCAUGGAGGGAUGGACAGUAGGGGUGAUUGGACAAGAGGGUCUGGCCAGGAGGUGGGCCAGACCUGGCAGCACUGAAUGUGGGCUGUGGGCGUGAGUGUGCCCAGGGCCCUCCCUCUUCCUGUUUCCGAACCCCACGGUUGCACUUUAUUUAUUCGGUUCUUGCUUUGGUGACUGGGUGGGCCUGAACUGUGGUCCCAAGGAUGUGUGCAGAGCUUCACCCUACCCCCUUCCCACACCUCCCCCAUGCCCUCAGUCUGCUCCCCACCCCUCAGCCUGGGGCCACAACAGCCUCUUACUCCAGGACAGAAGUCCCUCUGGUUGUCUCCCUACCAACCCGUACACACUGACCGAGACAGCAAUACCCCACCCCCAUAUUAAAUAAAUGUGUUCUCCAAGA